AACAUUUACAAGUUAUCCAUAUUAUUAGGUUUAUAUUGCUAUAAAGACUAAAACUAUAAAUGAUUUAUAUUUUACUAGUUAGAUGCAAAAUAACGAUGUUUUAUAUUAUGGGUGCAGAUAACGUGAAAAGCGGGUCGAGUAUGACAAUCCAAAAUCUACCCGCAUGUUUCAAAAGCGGUGAAAAUUCACAUUCGAUCAAAACUAGUCAGGACAUAAUUUUAUCCCCUGUGAUCGGAUUGAGGCGAGUGGGAUAGUUAUGAUUCGGAGUGAUUUGCAAUCCCUACUUACAAUACAAUCCCACACACAAACUCAUCAAGUUACUAAUGUUUAUACUUUUACCCUUUGAAAUGUGAGGAAAAUUAUAUGACCGAACGACGACAACUAUUCGCUAAAAUUGGUAUUUUACUACUUUUCUUUAGUCAAAACAAGGUGCUUAAAGCUAAAGGAAAUCCCAUCCUUUAUCCAAGGAAGCUACAAGGAGCCGUAAAGAAAUGUUCUUCCACCGAUAUGGUGUGCCCAAAGAGAUAAAUAGUUCGUAACACAGUUUGUCUCUCUACAGAUGUUCUCAAUAUCAACCUGCCAAUCUAGGGCUAGUAAUCUCCUAGUCUCAGCGAUUAUAGCAUAAUGUGGAUGACUGGAAGUGGUCGUCUCUAACAGUGUAAGAGAGUCUGUUUGCACAAGAACUUUUCUAGACCUGAGUUCCCAAAUAAGGCUGAGUCCAUGGACAAUUCCUGCUAGCUUUGCACGAGCGGCGAGCCAUUGAUGAUUGAACCCCCAAGGUUCAGUGUAUAGGCUCCAAUGAAAGUGCUCUACUACUUUGUGCUAGGCAAGAAUAUAACUGCGGUAUCGUUCUCCAUCGGUCCAACCGUCAAAGACAAAGCGAUGCGCACAACAGGUGAAGAAAACCAAAGCCAAAACAGUACAAAAUACAGAUAGUUGAUAUUAGCGUUAGAAAACAAGGUGGUUACUGGUUAGUUCAUCAGCCGCGCAGCUUCGUUAACUCCGCCACUCCCCCGAGUCCCAACCAUAUUUCUCAACGACUUCUCAGAGCUCUCCGCCACUUCUCCUCCUAAUAAACCCGAAACCCAGAGAUCCUUUCUUCCAAUUAUAUCCCUUCUUUCAUCUCCAGAAACACCAAAAUGCAGGCAUCGCUCAGUCUCUCGGUCUCUAACCCCGCCGCCAUUCCCAGAUCAAGCCACGGCUUCGAGUCCUCCAUCCCUUUCCCGUCGAAGCCUGUGAAUCUCAGGUUCUGCGGUCUCAGGAGGGAAGCCUUGGGGUUUUCUUCCGCUUCUUCUUAUCCUCUUUCCACCUCCCGGUCAAGUAGGAGCAUAGCUCGCUCCAACAAGGUUUCGGCCUCCCUCGGCGGCGCCAAUGGCAGCAGCAGCGCUCCCAAGUCGUUUGAUUACGACUUGAUCAUCAUUGGAGCUGGCGUCGGCGGGCACGGAGCUGCACUUCAUGCUGUUGAGAAGGGUUUGAAAACUGCUAUUGUUGAGGGGGAUGUGGUCGGAGGGACUUGUGUUAACAGAGGUUGCGUGCCGUCAAAAGCUUUGCUGGCCGUCAGUGGCCGGAUGCGUGAGCUUCAGAACGAGCAUCAUUUGAAAGCUUUGGGUCUCCAGGUUUCAGCUGCUGGUUAUGACAGACAGGGAGUUGCUGAUCAUGCCAAUAAUCUUGCUACGAAAAUUCGCGGCAAUCUGACAAACUCAAUGAAGGCAUUGGGUGUGGACAUCUUGACCGGUUUUGGUGCAGUUUUGGGUCCACAAAAGGUGAAAGUUGGGAAAGACACUGUAGUGACUGCAAAGGACAUCAUCAUCGCCACUGGUUCUGUCCCAUUUGUGCCUAAGGGGAUUGAAGUCGAUGGGAAGACUGUCAUAACAAGUGAUCAUGCCCUCAAACUGGAGUUUGUACCUGAUUGGAUAGCCAUUGUUGGAAGUGGUUACAUUGGUCUUGAAUUUAGUGAUGUGUAUACUGCACUUGGAAGUGAGGUGACGUUCGUUGAAGCUCUGGACCAACUCAUGCCUGGAUUUGAUCCUGAGAUUGGGAAGUUGGCUCAAAGAGUCUUAAUUAAUCCUCGCAAAAUUGACUACCACACUGGAGUGUUUGCAACCAAGAUAACUCCAGCAAAUAAUGGGAAACCAGUCACUAUUGAGCUUAUUGAUGCCAAAACCAAGGAACCAAAAGAAACUCUCGAGGUAGAUGCAGCUCUGAUUGCUACUGGACGGGCACCUUUCACAAAUGGUCUCGGCUUGGAGAAUAUUAAUGUGGCAACCCAGCGUGGUUUUAUUCCUGUUGAUGAGCGUAUGCGUGUCAUUGAUUCCAACGGAGACCUGGUCCCUCACUUGUUUUGCAUCGGAGAUGCCAACGGUAAAAUGAUGCUUGCUCAUGCAGCCAGUGCACAAGGAAUUUCAGUGGUGGAGCAACUGACUGGAAGAGACCACGUGCUAAAUCAUUUAAGCAUCCCGGCUGCUUGUUUCACUCAUCCGGAAAUCAGUAUGGUUGGACUGACAGAGCCUCAAGCAAGGGAAAAAGCUGAACUAGAGGGAUUUGAAGUAGCUGUUGCCAAGACAAGCUUCAAGGCGAACACGAAGGCCUUGGCCGAAAAUGAAGGAGAGGGUCUUGCUAAGUUGAUAUACAGACCUGACAACGGAGAGAUUCUUGGCGUUCAUAUCUUUGGGCUGCAUGCUGCAGAUCUCAUCCACGAAGCAUCUAAUGCUAUAGCUUUAGGGACUCGCAUCCAGGACUUGAAAUUGGCAGUUCACGCGCAUCCUACGCUAUCUGAAGUCCUUGAUGAACUCUUCAAGUCAGCAAAGGUUAACGCACAUGUUGGCAGCAGCCCAGUAGCCGAACCAGUUGCAGUCUAAGCAAAACCUCGACGCCCUCAAAUUCUUCGUCGAAGUAUCAAACCCCCAAGUGCUGGAAAGUCAGUGUACCAUGAUAGAACAUGUAGUCAAGUCAUCACUCAUCAGCAUGGUUCAAGUAAUGCAGAUAGCACUUCAUCUCUUCCGAUUCAUUCAUUCGACCAUCGAUAACUCUCGAGUCAAUAAUCAUCCCCCGGUUUUGUACUAAUUUAUGGUUUCAGAUACCGGAUACUUGUAGAGCUAGAACAUACUGAAAAGCUUCUCCUCAUGGUUGUCGUCCAUUGUGACAUUGUCUCAUUCUGUAUCCUAAUUGUAUACCAACAUUUUCCGCUGAGAGUAAUAUCAAAGGUUGAAAUUUCUUAUCCACUUGUGUUUGCUUUGCUCAACUAUUGAGUGCGUCACCACUCACGUCACCACCGCCACUUUUGAUACGCGCCGCCGCGGAACCUUCCAUUCUCUAUCCGUUUACCCUUUACCCAUCUUCCUUCCAUCACCGCCGACGUCACCGUUUUAGUAGGUAAA